AUGCAAAAUGAUUCUGCCUUAUCCGUGAACAAAAUCUAUAAGGCCAAUUCGGCUACUUCUAAGUUCGAAAAACUCGAUGCCCUGCUUUUCCAGUACGACAAGGCAGGAAGAAGCAACUCCAUUAGUAUGCGCCGUCUUCGAGAUCAAUUCGCAACAAUCAUACCCCCAACCAACGACACAUUGGAAAACUUCACCUUUAACUUCUCCGUGUUCGCGAGAGCCGCCAUCGAACUGGACUCCAGAGCUAACCGGCCCCUUUGGAAGAUGGUGGGAGAAAACCACAAAUGGCCUUCUACGGCCAAAGAACUUAUGGACGCAGAGCCAGCCGUGUUGCUUACGGGAUGCAUUUUCAAGCAUCCAAACUCGGACGAAUUCCGCUAUAGUGUAUUGGACAGACAGUGGACGACUCGAGGAGCCAUGAGCGCUCUUCUCGUCGUGCCAGUCCAAGUCGCAGGAAAAGGGUACCGAGGAGCCCCAGACGCCGUCGACCCGCCAGCCCUAGAUCCCCAAGGCGCCGGUUCCCGUCGCACAGCCCACAUCGGCGAGGAGGUCGAUCUAUUAGCCCUUCGCGUCGUUCCCGCCACUCACCAACGCGUUCAAGACGCCCAAACAGGAACACAAGAGAAGACAGGGACCCCUCCUCCAGUCCUACGUCUUGAAGCCCCCGCCGUGAGACUCGCUUUCCGUCUCAAAGAGAUAGAUAUGAGAGCCCAAUUGGACAACCGUCUCAGUCGCUGUCCGGGCCGCCCGGACAAAGGAAAAAGCCGUUAUGUCUCCCCGUCACCAGACCCACCGGCGUCGUCUUCCAAUCUGGAUACGGCUUUUCAAAAGUUUAUCCGAUCAAUCAACAAACCUGAAAAGAAGCUGGCCUUCCAAACAGACGACAACUCCCUUCGCGACAGCCGGUUCCCACCUGUCGCCAAAGCCAUCAGAAAGAUCAAGAACGAGUACAAAGAAAACAUCAAAAGAAUCAACGACUCAAAGGACCUCGAGUUUGACGAAAAGGUCAAGGGAGUGCCCAUCGACAACAUGGUCCACUGGGUGGACCUCAUCACCCUGCUUCGCCAAGCAUACCAGGCGGCCUUCCCACCUGCUCGGGAAAACGUGGAGAAAUAUUUAGACCACCUCCUCAAACAAGCCGGGAAAACGUCCAGAGGUAUCCACUGGAAGGACCCUGGAUCAACUUCGGGGACUGGACCCACGAAGAGCUACACGGCAUUAAAAGCAAACACUUCUUCAGUGCGCUCAGCCGGAUUGGAGAAGACACAGAUAUCUCAAAACCGUCUACAAGCUACUCCAAACAAAAGAAAAAACCGUCUUCUUCCUCCUUUUCAAAGCCCAAAGUCAAACCCGCACCUAAGGCCCCUCGUUCGAGAAUCAAUUUUGGAUACGAAGUCAAAGAUGCUAGACUUUGGAAUCUUAGCGACCAGCCUUGUAACAACUGGAAUGCUAAUAUAUGCCAAAAGUUGGACGAUGACUGCGACAGAAGACAUCACUUAUGCAACAAAGUGGGAUGUGACCUCAAUCAUCGAGGAAUCAAGGCCCACGCAUAGGGCGAAUGGCAGAAAAUUCUUGAGAGGUCUGGAAUUGGAAGAAGAGGCAUCACACUACUCUGCCUCGGUAGAGUUUUCUAUCACCGCAGAUCCUCUUCCGGCCGCGCCCCCGCUCUCAUCAGACCCGUUGGCAGCAUUCGCGAUCAAGAAGAACCCCCACCUCUUUAAGAUCAUAUGCCCCAUCAAAACCUCUCGCCUUCGACUCAUGACGAAAUCACAUCCAAAUCAACCAUUCAUCCAUUACUGGGAUCUAGAAAACGCAGACACCAUCUUCUUCUGCGACGCAUGCCCUACAGGCAUUGGGAUCUGGAACCCACGAACCUACAAAACGUGGAACCUGACGCUACCUCCCCCGUCGAGAGACAUCUACUGGGCCGAGUUAUUGGCAGUAGUUUUGGCUAUCGACCUGUCGCAAAGGCAUGACACGAAGAAAGUCCUGAUUUUCACCGACAACAAGUCGGUUUGCUAUCUCUUCAGUUCACACAGCCCAACAGACUCAGUUCGAGUGCUAUUCAGGCAUGCAGUCACCAUCAUGCUGCAGCAUUCCGUCGACGUCACAUUCAGGCACGUGGCAGGAGAAAGGAACGCGAUAGCAGAUGCACUAUCUAGAAAAAAGCUAAUUCCCACUUCCGAAGCUCCUCCAUCCCGUUCUCACAUCACCCUCCCGGCCAUCCCAACAAACCUCGACGGCGGGAUUUGUCAACAAAAAUAA